AUGACGAGUUCUGAAGUCACUGAAGUAAGAGAAGGCGACUGGACGACAGGAAAUUUACGUGAAAUCUUGGGCUUGAAAAUUCCAGCGUAUUUCACAUCUGAUCCUCAGCUACUAAGCGACUUCAUCACGAACCUCCGGACAAGACCAGAUGACGUCUUCAUUGCUUCCUAUCCCAAGUCAGGGACAAAUUGGCUUGCAGAAAUUGUCUCGCAAAUUUACAAUGAAGGCAACCUGUCAGAAAAACGAGGUUUCCUCCUGGAAAGAGCACUACACUCACACCAACCAAAUUCCCCAACGCCUGAUCUCAGCGCCCUGCCAAGUCCAAGGAUUUUUAAGACACAUCUACCUUACAAUGUGAUCCCUAAAUCACCAAACAAGGACAUGGUGUGCAAAUACAUUUACGUUGCUCGAAAUCCAAAGGACGUUGUGGUAUCUUAUUAUUUUUUCUGGUCAGGCAUUUCAUCAUCGUGGCAUGGGCCGUGGGAAUUUUUUGCUAAACUAUUCGUUGAAGGAAAUGUCCCCUGGAACCACUGGAAUGACCAUGUUCUGGACUGGUGGAAGCACAACGAUGAUGCUAACAUCUUGUUUGUUAAAUAUGAAGAUCUAAAAAAGGAUCUACUCUCCCAUGUUCGGUCAAUCGCAGACUUCCUCAACAGGCCACUGACUGAUGAUAUUAUCAGUCGCAUCGCUGAGCAAAGCAGCUUCAGCGCAAUGAAGAAAGACCGUGAUUCAGUUCUUACAGUUCCAUUCAGGGAUGGCCGAAAUGUGCCGAUUCUUCGGAAGGGCGUGGUCGGUGACUGGAAAAAUUACUUUACUCCGGAGUUGAACGAGAGAUUUGAGAAGGAGGUGCUGGCAAAAUUACAAGGAAGUGGACUAGAGUUUGAUUUUGAAAUAUAGAAGGAUACAGAACAACGACUGUAGCAAACAAAGAUUAACUUAGAUCAGAGAGCAUGGAGUCGACGUUGAAAUCCCACUGAAAUUAAUGUACCUGUCUGAUCAACAGGACAUGAAACAGAAUCUUUUCGAGAAA